ACGAACCAUGGAUCCAUCAUCAAUUGCAUAUGUUAUUUGCCUGGUCUCACUGAUCACAAUUUGUAUUACUGCAAAAGCACAGCGAAAUGUGUUCAACGUUCUAAGUUAUGGAGCUGCUGGCAAUGGCCUUACUGAUGAUUCCUUGGCGUUCAUGAAGGCAUGGAAGGACACAUGUAGUGCUGCAGCAGGCACUCCUACCUUGAUUAUUCCCAAAGGAAAAAUAUUUUUGGUGCAUCAGAUUACAUUCACAGGCCCCUGCAAGUCUAAUAAAAUAAAUGUCAAACUAUCAGGAACUAUUAUCGCACCCAAUGGUCCUGAUCAGUGGAAGGCAGCCGAUCUGUCAACAUGGUUAGCAUUUCAGGGUGUAAACGGUCUAACUAUUGAUGGACUUGGGAUGAUAGAUGGACGUGGCAAAGGCUGGUGGGAUCGCUCAUGCAAAUUUCAUCGUGGUCAGCAGGUAUACUGCAACAUCAAAAUCGCAGAAAACACAACCAAACUUAAACUUGUGAAGUUCCAUACUUCCAGUCAUUUUAAUUCCUUUUCUUUUUUCCUGCUUUUUCCUGAUUCCAUUUCUGACUGUUGAACUUCUCCGCAGGGGU